AUGAUCAACGACGCCGCGGCGCCGUGAUACUUCAUAUACUUGGCGUGGUGUACAUGUUCGUCGCGUUAGCAAUUGUCUGCGACGAGUUCUUCGUACCGUCAUUAGAUGUGAUUAUCGAGAAGCUCGAUAUCGCCGACGAUGUGGCCGGUGCUACUUUCAUGGCGGCCGGUGGAUCGGCGCCCGAACUCUUCACAUCGAUCAUAGGCGUGUUCGUGUCGUUCGACGAUGUCGGUAUCGGCACUAUCGUCGGCUCCGCCGUCUUCAACAUCCUUUUCGUGAUCGGCAUGUGCGCUAUAUUCUCGCGUACGGUGCUAUCGCUCACAUGGUGGCCUCUAUUUCGCGACUGCACUUUCUAUAGCGCCAGUCUACUCACCCUGAUCUACUUCUUCCGCGAUAGUUAUAUAUACUGGUAUGAGGCACUUGUGCUAUUUGGAUUCUAUUUGGGAUAUGUGAGCUUCAUGAAGUGGAACCAGCCAAUGGAGAAAAUGGUUAAAAGGGUACUCUACAGGAACAAGGUGACCCGGGUCAGGUCUACCGAUCAGCUGAUGCCCUCGCACCAGAGCGCCGCCCAGGCAUUGCAGCAUCCGAACGCGAUCAACAAUAGCGAAACGAGCGUGGGCGGUACGUCGGGUGCGUGCGGAAGCAUCCCGGCGCCCGGGGAGGCUGGAUGCAGCAGCAGAGUUGGCAGCAGCAGCGGCGUCGGCGGCAGCGGCGGUGGCACAGGCUCUGGACAAGGCUGCGAACAGACCCACGGAGGCCCGUCCUCUCAUUCACGGGAGAGCCACGCAAAGUUUCGACACGGCCUGCUGCAGCUUAUGAUCCACACGAUCGAUCCGCUCCACGACGGUCAGUCCCGCGCCGGCAAGGUGGACGAGAAAGCGACGCAGCUGCAUGCGAUAGCGUCACUGAAGGUGCUGCUGGAUGCCACUAGGCCGCAUAACGGCGCCGCGACGUCGACCGCCGCCCAUUACUCCGGCGCAUCCUCGAAGGAGACGACUCUGCAGCUGCAGCAGGGCUCGCAAGGCACCACCACUACCACCACGACUACGACGACCACUGCUGGCACCACUGCUGGUAUUCAGGAACUUCCGAACGGCGGUAUCGCCGCCGGACUCGACGCUGGACUCGAUUCGGGCGAAGAGGAUGAACCUCCAGAGGCCUUGAACAUGGGCUGGCCAAGCAGUCCAAGAAAAAGGCUAACGUACAUUUUAGUCGCGCCAAUCUUAUUUCCUCUUUGGUUGACGUUACCAGAUACGAGAACACCUAGAGGGAAAAAGUUCUUCCCGAUAACGUUCAUUGGCUCGAUCUUCUGGAUCGCGGCGUACUCGUACCUGAUGGUCUGGUGGGCGAAUGUCGCCGGCGACACAGUGGCCAUACCGCCGGAAGUGAUGGGUCUGACGUUUCUCGCAGCUGGCACCAGCAUACCGGACCUCAUCACAAGCGUCAUCGUGGCGCGAAAGGGAUACGGCGACAUGGCCGUGUCGAGUUCCGUCGGCAGUAACAUCUUCGAUGUGACCGUUGGGCUUCCGGUUCCAUGGCUCCUAUACGGUUUAAUCUACGGGAAACCCGUGGAGGUGAACUCAGUGGGCAUGGUGUGCAGCAUAGCGAUACUGUUCUGCAUGCUGCUGUUCGUGAUCAUGAGCAUCGCCUGCUUCAGAUGGAAAAUGAACAGGGGCCUCGGCUUCACGAUGUUCAUCCUCUAUUUCGUCUUCGUCGCCGUCUCGCUGAUGUUCGAGUACGAGAUACUAGUCUGUCCGGUGUAGGGCAGCCAGGACAGCGCAACCGCGACAGCAGAGGUAUUAAAAACUCCUCCGGAGAAAGGAUACGUCUGCGAAACGGACGCACACUUACGGGUCUCGUCAUCAUCAUCGUCAUCGUCGUCGGCGAGUCUUGGCCGACGAGAAAACUCUUCCCCGCGGUCGCCGCUUCGAGCCGAGGAGGAAACCGCGCCAGUCAUUACCUUCCGCGCGCGCGUGAAUGGGAUUUGACAUUACGAACGGCAAUAGUAGCACCAUCUCACACCGCCACUAUCACCGAUCAUCGAGUCUCACAGCAAUUUCGCGUACCAGAUUACGAAGCGUUUUGCUCUAGUCGCGAGAGGUGUACAUAUUGUAUAAAAAUCUUGAAAUACCUGAAACGAAAUACUCGUCUUGUUAAGAAUUAACCGAGCGCAUCACUCCGUUCGAGUGCGCUACUUUAUUGUUUAAGCAUGGCGAGCGCGUUAGCCGAUCGUGCCAAGGACCAAACUAUAAGUUUAUUUAAUCCGUGGAAUGAUUUUUUAGCGUAAACUUUUAAGACUCCCUGGUCUUCUUCUUUUUCUUCUUCAUUUUUUCUUCAUUAUCAUCUUCUAAAUUAUUAUUCACUACUUCUUAAUUAUUAUUCAUUAAGCGACACUGUACGUGAAACAAAUUGAUCACAGUACUGUUAUUAAUUCACUUGAAAUUAUUACAAUAAAGAUUUACAGAACGCUAUCUUAUAUUCAACAAUAUUCUGUAAGACUAUUUCUAAUUAUAAUCAUGGAUAUCGUUAGAUAUUACUUGAUUUGUGCAUUUAUCGAAACAUCACGUUUUUCGAGUAUAUCUAUAAUAGCAAUAAUGUUAGACUUAAAACGCGAUGUUACCAAUAGUGUACAAAAUGUUACCGUAGGUCUUCUUCUCGUUUUGACUCCUUGGCACGCUCACGUCCGAAUAUUAUACAUAACGUUAUCCUUGGAAGAAGUGACCUGACCGCUCGCCGAUUUUUCUCUAAAGCAGAAAUUCUCUUCGCCUUUAAUAUCAUAGAAUAGCGUUAUAACUUCUCUCACUCUGUUGUACUCACGGAAUCCAAUCUGCGGUGCGGGGUUCGGCGUUCCAUUCUGACGACAAAACGGCGCUCAUGUAUCUCAAGUGCCGUAUGUACGCCAGGUGCACAUUUCAGGCAAGUUAUAUAAUUUUAUAUAUUUUCGUUAAUCAAAGUUACUUACAGUAUAAUAUGUAUCACAAUAUGCAUUACGUAUUAUGUAAAAAAUUUUUGCCAUAAACACAAAAAAUGCUUCAGUGCUUUUUUUGCGUUUCAUAUUUUCAAUAUUUAACAAUCAUUUUGAAAAAUUAAAAUGAGAGCAUGUUUGAUUGUUUAAUAAAAUAACGUUCUAUAUUACUUUAUUAAAUGUUCUACAUUCAUGAUAUUACGUGAAUAGCUUGAUCAAAAAGUUUUCAAAUAUUGAUUUAUUAAAUUAAUGUGAUUCAAAUACUGGCACUCACGUCUCAAAUGAAAUGACUGAUCGUCGCACUGGAUUUUCAGCAUACGAUCGGAACGGAUGUUGUUGUUGAUACGUGAAUAAGAUAGAAUAAAGCGAAAAAAUUAUAUUAAUCGGAAAUGCGUUGAUCUGUUUGUUAUUAUAUUUCCUUUGCAUUUAUUUUGAUAAAUCGUUGGCAGAUUCGCAGGAAAACGCGGGAAACGAACUGGUUUAUUUGAAUCAAAAGAAAAUGCGUUCAUUGUUGCAUAGCGUUAAAAUUUCAUAAAAGGUAAUCACUUGUUUAUAUCAAUUAUUCAUUUUGAAAAAAAGCGCGUUUCCGACCAAUUAAGCUUCCAUCUUUAAAUGUUAUUACAUUUAGGAAAUUUAUUACAUGUUUUUACGAAAAAUUGUGUAUAGUAGAACCUGGGCAAAUUUUUUAUUGCUGAUCAGUGUAAAGUUAAGUCACGAAUACAAAGAAAUAUCUCGUUCGCGUAAGACAUUUAGAUCCGAUUCCGAACGUGUUUUCUCUUAAAUACAAUGAUUAUUACUAUCGUAACUAUAAUCUGUAAGCGACAUGCAAAAAACAGACUUUCUUAAGCGCAUAUAGAAAAUUAUUGCAAAUAAUAUAUUCGAAUUGGUGCAUCAUGCAAAGAUUCUAAAGGAUCACUUAAGGGUAUACUCGUGUCGCUUGCUGAUACAUCUUAUGCGCGAUCGAAUCCUCGUGCGAUAUUUUCUCUACAUAGGACAAGAGUAUCGAGAUACACUGCAGAUAUUUGCACGUGAAAUGUAACAUUAUGAUACGCUCUUACAAAGCGGAAGACAAAUGCCGACAUUGAACAAAUUAGACAUUGCACUUUCCGUGAUGUUCCACGUCAGCUUGAUACUCUCUGCAGUUAUUUUUUUGCUAACUUCUUUCAAAUUUUCGAUAUUGCACUAUGACACUCUACUAAGAUACUGUUAGAAAAUAUGAUUAUUAUUAUGGUUAUUAUAUGUACACAGUGAAGAUAAACGGGUAAUAGAAUGAACAAGUUCAUAUAGGUGUGUAUGUGUGUGAGAUUGGGAGAGAGACAGAGAAAGGGAACGAGAAAAUGAGAGAGAACGAUAGAAUUAAAAAGAAAAGAAGAGAGGAAGGAAUAUAGGAACAUGUAUAGUCGAGGCAUGAAGUCGGACGACUUUUAAUCCAGAUUACAGAAUCCAUGUUGUAUAAAGCGUUUGUAACGAAUACGUUUUAAGGAUAUAGAGGUAAUAGUUAUAAUAUCGAUUAUAUUACAUAAUAUCGAUUAUAUUACAUAUACGAGAUGAACAAAAUGUUAUUAUAUAUAUCUACAGUUUGAGAAAGAUACAACCAAAGAAACAAUAUUACAUUUUCGGUAGUCUGAACGCCUAAAAGCGGCCUAGCUUUUUAUUAAGCCUACAGCUAAUGCAAAAAUUGAUCCGCGAAGAAUAUAAAGAAGAAAAAGACCAUAAUAAAAAUACCGUCUACGUUAAUCGGUAGAGCGAAUUUUAGAUUAUCAAAAUUACACGUAUAUAUACAUAUUAGAGAGAGAGAGAGAGAGAGAGAGAGAGAGAAAGUGAGAGAGAAAGAAAGAGAGUAUGUGUGUACGCGUCUAUGUGUGUCUUUAUGUAUAAUAUAUGUGAAAAUUCGAUGAAACAUGAAAAUACAUUAAUUAUAUAUUAUAUUAAAUGUUAUAUUUGUUGCAUUUUGUAUAAUCUCGAUAUUAGAAGCAAGGAGAAUGGUUUUUCCAUCUCGCAGUUUAUGUUCCAGCAUUUACGUCAUACAUAGCCCGCGUGUGUGAUAAGUAAUUAUUACGUUUAGCCUUCCGACGUCUAUCUGUCUGAUCUCCCAAAUCAUAAAUGUGCAAUCCGGUUCGUGCGUUCGAUUAUUCAAAAAAUUUCGUAGUCUCUCUCUCUCUCUCUCUCUCUCUCUCUCUCUCUCUCUCUCUCUCUCUCUCUCUCUCUCUCUUUCUUUCUUUCUCUCUUCGCGAUGCUUGGAUCCCUCAUGCGACGAAAAGCAUCGCGAAACUUAUGCGUCCAGAAACAGAAAAGACCCAGAGACUAUGAUUCCACCAGGGAGAGACUAAAAUUGACCGAUGAUACGUGAAGUUAGUUAACGAUAUCAGAUAUCAAAAAAUUAAGGAAAAAUAUCACAAUCAUGAAAGAUCGUGAUAUCAACAUCUUUCACAUGUGGCGAAGUUCCGCCAUGAUUUAUUUUCUUGUACGCGACACAUAAUUAUGAGCGAUUAUGAACGACAAAGAAUGGUUUAACUACAACGUUAAAACUUUAAAGAGAUAAUGCAGAUAAUGUGCAGCUACUAACAGAAUGUAAACCAUUAUGAUUACGAAAAUAAACAAUGGCAGUAAUCUUAGGAACAAUGCGGUCUUCUCGAAUUACCACUACUUGAGAUAACGAUGCCUCUUUUUAUGAGCUCUUAACAUUACGCUAAGGCAAUGCAUUUUGUCAUCAUGGCAAUCCUCUCUCUGCUGAUUAAUUUAAAAAAAAAAAAGAAAGCUUAUCAUUUUUAUUUUUAUGAAAUUUCAUUUUCCAAAUAAUGUAAUUAUUUUGAAAUUUUCGCUUAAGUGAUUGUACACAAUUUUACAUCAAAUUUCCAAUCAAUGAAUAAACUAUAACUUGGAAGUAUUGUAAAUGACAAAAAGAGUACCGUUUUUAAAACGCAAAAGUUAAGUUACUCUAAGUAAUAAAAACAAAUUUUGAAAACGCAAUCAGAUUUUGUGAAUGGAAAUCAUAAUAGAUCAGAGCGAACGAAUAAACUUUAACGCAGCAAUCUGACAAAAAAUCGAACGUGUUAACUUGUGGGAGACCGCCCUCGGAUUUAGCAACGAUCGCCAGUGGAAAACGACGUUAGGUUUCUUCGUGACGUUGAACAUAAACGGGGAAAUUUGUAACGAGGAAACGUUAGAGAAUGCAGUACCGAGACGUUUUACGCCGUAGUGUGCGAGGCACGAAAAGGAUUAGUCUGUCAGUCGGGCGAAACAACGAAGCGGAUUAGCGGUGAAUCGCGUGAUAAGUCGAAGGUCGGGUCGAAGGGCUCGAAGCACAGCAGUGUUCGUGUAAUUUAUGCUUUGUAAUAUGAUAUACCAUAGGACAAACAUCAUCGACAUUGGUAAAGCGGGACAGCUCAUUUUAGUUUCGAGUAUCGAGCAUUUCGAUUCGAGAGAUCAAUCAAUUUAAAUGAUACGCGUGUAAAAAAAUGACUUGCUUGGCAAUUAGCUUAUUCAAAAAAGACAAAACGAAGAAGUUUCGAAUGUACGUGGAAUGCCGUUGACUGCCAUACUUUGGCGACUCUGAGGAUUGGUUGCGUAUGAAAUAUCUACUAUAUUAAUACAUCAGGGUAAUCAAUUGAUCUCUAAUUCUUACUUCUAAUUCAAUUCUUUUGUCGAAUUGUCAGAUAUAUGCACAUAUAUUCGCAUAGAGCAUGAAGAUAGUGAAAGAGAGAGAAUCCAAAUAGAACAACAGAUCAUGAAUAAUGACGUUAAAAUAAAUUGUAAUUGAUCGAAAAGUGAUUUUCAAUAAAUCAUUUUGGAAUAAUUUUGACGCCAUGUUGAUGAUGAUUUUUAUUCGACUUUGGAAAAAAGAGAGACAGCAAAAGAGAAAGGUAGGGAGAGAGAAAUAGACCUCAUUUCUCUCACAUGCAUGCACGCACAUACACGUCUAAACUUUACGUUCGAGACAUACGCGACGAAAUGAGAUGUGUUUGUGAAAGAUUAAAAUUAUUCCGGUUUGUCUAAAAAGUUUGUUAAAAUGCAACGCAUAAAUAAAACUCUUCGUUAUUACGUGGGAUUCACAGCAAAGAACGAGAGUACGGAAACAAGCUCCCAUCGAUUAGUGUAUUCAACCCGAAACAGUAUAAUCAGUAACCGAUAGAGACCUUUAUUCUUAAUUAAGAGCUUUCUGGAAAUACAAUCUUCUUUUUAUAUUUACAAACGCUUCAUUUCCAAACGUGGCUUUCAAAACUUUUAUUCGCGUAGUAAAAAAAUCUUAUUGUUAUAAAAUAUACACGUACAUAUAUAUAGAAUUCGUUAAAUUCUUUUAUAUUUUUAUGUGAUUGCAAUACGUUGUACUGUUUAGAGUUGAUGGUAUAGCUGUUAUCUUACGAAUACGGAAUCCAUCGUGCGCUCAUAAGGACGCUCCAAACUAGAUUUUAAGCGACGUUAAGGAUUUAGUUGAUUUCAUACUUUAUAACGUAGCUUUCGAGAAACAUAGAGGAAUUUUUACAUCGUGACAAGAUCGGUAGAUUAGAGCCGGGCACGCGACGACGAUCGAAACGAUCCUUCAAAUUUCGGCGAGUUGUUGCAAAAGCCGAGAGUGAUGAAUUCUCAGCAUCAAUCGAUCAUGUUAUAUUAAGAGUAUUAAUAGUACUCUUUCGGCCCGAUGGCACGAUAUAUGUAUAAUCGUUAUACUCGUAUUAUGAUGUACUCGUGGAUAUAAAAUAACGUGGGAUAUUAAAAAAAAAGGGACACAAAACGCACGCUGUGAAGGACCGAACGCUUCGAAUAUUUUCUUGGCAUUGACAAAGCGCGAACGCACAUAUCAAAGAGAGAAAAAUGUUGAAUAUAUGACAACUGAUUACUUAGUAGUAUUAUUAGCGACUUAAGUCUCGUAAGAUAAUUAGAUGAGGCUAUACGAGCGUUAUAAAAGUUUCUAUAUAAUUACAGAUUAUAUAAAUAUGUAUUAUAUUGUUCGCGAAUGACGUGAACUGGAUCGUCGGCCGAUUAUUGUGUUUACAUGUAUAGGAACGACGAGAUGCUGAUUCAGGGCGAUCAGCGUGUUUGGGCGUAACGUAAAAUUUGAGAAUAUCUCGUAAUUUUUUCUCGUGCUUUUCUUUUGAUAUAUAUUUCAUUAUAUCGCCCAUCUUAAAGCGUCGCAUACAUAUAGGGUUGUACCCCCGUCCAUCAUCGCAGUAAUAGAUUUACGGGAUACGACGUAGUUAAAUCACGUCUUACGAGAUUAAUUAGAUCACCGCAGAGUGCUAGAAAGACGACAGACGCGAAAUGAGGAGAGAAAUAUAAAUAUAUACAUACACACAUAUACAUAUAAAUAUAUAAAUACGCAAUAUAUAUAUAAAUAUGUAAAGUAUCUAACGUUGUAUACAUUCAAGUCGACGAUUCCAAGAUGGGACGUUUUUAUUACGAUAACAAUUUUGUUUCUUGAUAUUCGUAAGAUACGUCUUCGACGCGUUACUUAGAUCGGGGCCGAGGUAUAAUCGAUCGUUUUAUGCGUGACGAGCGUACAACGAUAUUUGGACGAUAGGACAGUUAAAUUCGCUGCUCGGGCGAUUUAUGCAAAGAUGAAAAAAAAAUCAUAUUCCCGACUGAGAGACAAGGACCGAACACAAGCGUAUCAACGACCACGUUCCAAAGUUCGCGCGGGACAAAUCUCAGCUUAAAAUUAGAGAUCGCGUAACUGAAUGCGAGUUAAUGUAAACGGAACUAAACGCCUGCAUAAAGAAAACAUAAGUCAUAAUGAAUAAAAAAAAGCAUCUUUAAAAAAAAAAACAAGAAAGAUCGAAAGAAACGUGCUAAUGUUUUAAAAGGGUAGCCGUGGGGUCAGCGUCGAGAGUUGAGGCCGCUUCGUCGCUCGUGCGUCGAAUGCUCGAACAUAACGAUUUCGCUUGACACUUCGGGAUCGAGAACGGGAUCCGAUCUCGAUGAUUCGAAUGAUCCAACGCCUUUCUGCGCCUCGCGGAAGAUAAACGCGAAUGGUUGCGGACCGGCUUACGGCGCUGGCGCCAACGAGCACGACACCGCGUGUGCAAUAAAAAACCGAAAUAUAUAACAAUAUUAAUAUCAUUAUAUACAACAUUUUUACGACAUAUAUUAUGGAUACGAAAGUAGGACAAGUGGCAAAAAAAAAAGAGAUCAGAAGUUUUAGGAUAACAAUUACUUGUUGUUGUCUACCAUAGCGUCGUAGCGUAAGUAGGGCACUAGUCGUAGCUUGUUUCGAGGGAUGCGUGUGAAAUAUGCAUGCGAGAGAUUGGCAGCUCGAGAGAUUACUCGAAAGAAAGAGCGAGAAA